GGAAAACACUCUUAUUAUACCGCCAUACAAAAACUUCGCUCCUCCGUGUCGCCGAGGUUGCCGCGGGGGCUUGGCGGGAAACGACACGAGCGCCGACAUCUUUGCCAUGUUGGCGGGAAACGUAGUAGUAGGGUCUCAGGAAAGUUCUGAUAAAGCUCAUUGGGAUGAGCGCAGCUCGUGCCAUCGCGCAUGCGUAGUAUUUGUCCCGCUAUUUGGAAAGAUCAGCUGUGCAUUUUGAUGGAGCGCUACCAGUCUUUGGAAGACUGGUUUCUGUCGCAAGUACACGCAAUACAUCCCGAUGAUAAAUGUUUCCUUGUGCGCCCUCAUUGUGGCUUUACCAGGGUGCCUGCAUGAAUCUGAAGUAGAUCGAACACAUUAUGCAAGACGAUCGAUAUAAAAGCAUAAGGAUACUUUUAUAUAAACAAAAACAUCAGCGGAAGGAAAGUAUCGUGUAAACUAUGCUUAAAGCGUAAGCGAGAUUGGUGUGAGUCACAGCCUCGUCCUCCUCCAGUUAUGUCGUGGUAUUCGCGCUCGCAUCUCUCUCCGCAUCUCUCUGCGCUAUCAUAGUCGGCCUGGGUACCAAUAAAAGAGAUCGCCGAGACCGAUGCCCGGUUAGUAUUCGCGUGUUCCACGCGACACGUGUCACGAGUGAGACUUGUCUGACGGCAAUUUAAAGCGUAGAGAUAAAGAGCUUCAUUUUCAAAGCCAGUUUCCGAGGUAAUUAUCAUGUCCAUAUGACAUUCGGCAUUCGCAACGUGAAAAAUAGAUUGAACUUGACCUAUAUCUAGAGGACAUUGAAGCGUCGUAGUAGCGUAAAUCCAAGCGGUAAAUCGAUUGAGAGAAUCGAGGACAUUUCGAGGACUUUGAGGAUUGUAUUGUCGCGCUUUCUCUCAGAUACUUGUAGAAAACAUGGUACGAAUAUGGUUGACGUUUGGUCUUUUGAUCUUGGCUGGUGGUCAGAUCGUCUAUCCGGAUCAAUAUCAGCAGAGAAUGACAUUUGGCACGAGUCGUGCACCUGCUCCUGGAUCACAACCUGCUAAUUAUCCUGCAUUACAAACAGUCAACAAUAGUCAAUCAGUUCAAAUUAAACAAUCCAAUCAAGAGUCCGCUCCGCAAUCCGAUGUCGCGGGUCGAGGAACGGCACAAAUUAAUCCUUCAACUCAAUUACCCUUUUAUCCCUCAAUAAGUCCAACAGCUAAUCUGACAGCUAGUCCGUUAUUGGAAAAUUGGGGUGAUCAUGUGAACAAUAUUAUAGCCAGAGGAAUCAUGAAAUUUUCUUUGGACUUGAAUAAAGCGAUAUACAAUACUAAAGACACAUCAAUGGCUAAUCAUCGUGAAAACGUCAUCUUUUCUCCACUCAGUGUUGCUGUUGCAUUAUCAUUAAUCUUGUUGGGUUCCGCCGGCAGGACUUUCAACGAAGUCUCGCAUGUGCUCGGUUUGGAAUCAGGUAUUGACAUAUCUCAACACUCGGAAAUUGUUCAUCAGACGUUUGGCCAAUUGCUGGAUAUCGCGAAUUUCAGAAUUGAGGGAAGCAAUAAGCCGCGCGUAGAUUCCGCCAGUGGUGUUUUCAUUCAGGAAGGAUAUCCAAUUCGUCCUGAAUUUCGCGCGAUUAGCACGAAUGUGUAUAAGAGUGAAGUAAUAAAUUUAGAUUUUGAAAAAAAAGGGAAAGAAGCUGAAGACAUAAUAAACAAUUGGGUAAAGCAACGGACAAUGGGAAAGAUCGACGGUAUAUUGAACAGCGUCCCGGAUCCGACGACCAUGGUCAUUUUGUUAUCGGCGCUAUAUUUCAAAGGAGAAUGGAAUCAACAUUUCUUAGAAGGCAUGACACAGAGAAAACAAUUCUUCAUUGAACCGAAUGAGACGAUCGGGAUAGAUAUGAUGUACAACGGCGGUAAUUUCCCCUUUUACGAAGACAAAUCACUAGGCGUUAAAAUAUUGGCUCUACCCUAUAAAGGCUUAGAGAUGUCAAUGUACGUGCUUUUGCCAAAAGUCGAAGGAGCCACUGCUUUGAAGAAUUUUCAGGACCAACUAACGGUUGAGACUAUUGAAAACUUAAUAAGUAAUCUCAAGAAUCAAACCUGUAUCAUCGGUUUUCCUCGAAUGAAACUCUCGAGUACGUUAAGUUUGAAUAGUGCGCUACAAAAUUUGGGUUUACGUUCGUUAUUUGACGCGAAAACUGCGGAUUUAAGUCUCUUGUCGAGUGGAUACGGUCAAAAUGCAGCGGCUGCGCCAACUUUACAAGUGGCACCGCAUAUUUCACGGCAAGUGUUUCCAGAGCAAUUGUCGAGUAAAACCAACGAUUAUCUUAUCUUUUCACGGAUGGGGGAUAAUCAGGAUGUGAGUAACGGUGCGAGAGCAAAUUUUUUCAGGUACGACGAUAAGGAACGCGGUUAUAAUAUUGAGCAAUGGAACACAGGAUUUCAUAUUCACAAAAUUCGUAGAACACGUCGUGAGAGCAACGUUUUGGACGAAAAACAACACAACGUCAGAUCAUCACGGACGAUGUAUGCUACGGAGAACGAUGGCCUCGAGAAAGACACGAAGAUCAGUCACGAAAAUACGAGAUACGUGAAUUUAGAGGAGAACAAGUAUCGUUUCCAAAACGCUGAGAAGAAGACAAAGAACAGAAAGAGACGGCAGAGUCGACCCAUAGACGAGAACUUCUUGCGAUUUAUGCAAAGCAAGAAUUUCCCGUCUUACGGUCUUGAUGCUCUCCGAAAUAGUGCGAAUCUCGUGAAUCCGGGUUUAUUCGCCGAUGAGGUACUACAUAAGGUGGAGAUGGAUGUGACGGAAAAAGGAACGGAGGCCGCGGCGACAACCGGAAUACUUUUACGGCGAGACGGCAACCAAAAGAAACUGAUCGCCAAUCGACCUUUCCUCUUUUUCAUUAGACACGACCCCACGAAGCUUAUUCUCUUCUGGGGAACGGUUAAUGCGCCAGUUCCCAACUACGCUGUUGUCAGAUGAGAUGAGCUAUGAAUGUUCCGCAUAAAUAUGUAGAGUUCAUUUCCCUCGAAUAAUUUAUACGCGUAUAAUCUAUUUAUGUAUCCAUUUCGUGAUUAUUCGAACAAAUGCGAUUAUUAUUUCUUUUUUUUUUCUAGUGCUUAAUUUUCGCAUAAUCGUCUCGCAUUGAGCAAUGCGUUGCAACACAUUCCGUUUUAUCUAUCUUUUGUUUUAUCAUCUUAUAUAUAUAUGUAAUAGACACCUCGAUGUUAUCGUGUCAUAUGCUGAUAUUUUAAUAAGACAAUAUAUUAGUAAUUCUUAAUAUUACUUGCAAAUAAUGAACGAGUAAGAUUUUGCGUGGAUGAUAUUUAAAGAUGAUCGAAAAUAUUAUACUUUUGAAAAGAGAUCAAAAAUAUUAAUAAUUUCAAUUAAGUUUAUAGGACUUCGGAUGAAUGUGCAACACACUAUCAUAGUUGCCUUAUUUAAUUAUAACAAAGUACAAUUCAAAUUUUAAGCUUUAUUUGACACUGCAGUCUUAUUUUGCUAUAUGUGAUUCAUUUUGUACUUUUUCAAUAAUAAAAUAAUCUUUCUUUAA